AUGUCUUGCAAAAAGCCAAUCGGUGCUGGUAAACAAAAUUCCUUAUUUAAUUAUAUUAAAAAAGAAGAUUGCGGUACUAUUCAACAAACAAAUAAAGAACCUGAAAAAAAAUCAAAAUUUGUUUGGAAAUCGAAAUCCUCAACUUCAAGCUUCAAUCCACCGUACAAGACGGACUUUGAUCAAAAGGAGGACUCAAUUAAUAUUAAAGCAGAUAUAUCAAAUAUUACAUCUCAGUGCAGUUCUAUAAAUACGUCAACAAAUAUUACAAAAUAUAAUUCACAAAUAAAUGAUCUAUCUGACGCUAUGGAUGUGGAUGACAAUCCAUUCAAUGUUAUUGACAAACAUAUGAGUCCUUCACCGAGUUCCAAUAAAUCUAUGAGAAUAAGUGAAACUAUAUACUCAGCAAAAAUAGAAGAUACAGAAAAGUCUUCAGUAAAAGCUAAAAUAGCAGAAAAGGACAAAAAUCUCAGAACACCAAAAAAAAUCAGCCCUAAAAAGGACAAAGAUCCAUUAAGAAAUUUAAAGUUAGACAGUUCUAUAUCACAUUUCCUUUUAAAUAUAUCUGAACAUCCCGCUAUAAAUAAAAAGCAUAAUGAUAAGAAAAUUAUCACACAUACCGACGUUGAAGAGUGUAAAACAAUGUAUAUAGAACUAUUAGAAAAAAUAAGUGAUGCAUUUAACAGAAUACCAAACUGUAUAAAAGAAAAGUUUCCAGGAUAUGACAGUAAGAUCUAUUCAAAAAUAAACUAUUUAAAAACAAAAUUAAAGUCUGCCAUACAAUCGAAACCAAGAGACUGCUUACAAUCUUCUUCUGAAACACUUAAUUCAAGUAACGAAGUGAAUGGUAGAGAAAGUCCGUCAUUACUAAAUAAUGAUGAUGACCUUGAGGAUUUUGAUCUGUCUAGUCAAGUAGGACAUAAAGUAAUGGAUAAAGGCUUAAUUAACAAUAUAGAAACAUCAACACCAGAUAUACCUACAUUUAAUAAAAAUCAACCAAAUAAAACAAUAUACUCAGAUUUAGUACCUAAAAAAGCACUCUCUUUCGAUGUGUUUUCGCCCAGCAAUGGAUCUAUCAAAAGCAUAAAUUCUAGUUUAAACUCAGAUUCAGAAUCUUUAAACACAUCAGAUAAUCAAACUAAGAAGGGAAAAUUUGUUUUUAAAAGACCUUCACGAGCAGCUGAUGAUUUAAAUACGCCAACAAGAGAUGUACCUUCCAGUACAUUUGAAAGACUGAAGAUUGCAUCUGAAAAAUUGCAUCCAUUGGUAACCGAAGUGGCGCCCAAAUGUGCACCCGUAGGCAACAGUUCAGUAGCAUUUCAACCUCCUCAGCUGAGUAAAAGUGCGUUAAUGAAUUUAGGCAAACCUUGCACUGUUGUUUCACCAAUUGUUAAAGAUAGUCCGAGUGAAACUGAUUUUGAGGAUGCAGACGAUUACGAAGUGCCAAUAGAUAUGGACGACGUCACCGAUAUUAUUCCAGAAGAUUCGAGAACCAGUGUUAUUAAUAUUAGUGAUUCACUACCGAGUACGAGUAAAGUUCAAAUUAAUGAUAAAGAAUUUGCCAUCGAUGAUGACGGGUGGCCAGAAUAUAACCCCGAGGAUUUUGGUGAAGUGAUGGAGGAAAAAGCCAGUGAUGUUAGUAAAGACGUGAUCAACUUAAUGGAUCAAUCGGUGACCGCACCAAAAUAUGAGGGAAUGGGUGAUUUUCAUGCGGGUACCAAGAAUGACGGAAUAACUGGAGAAUUCGACGGAUCAAACUUCCCACAUUCGGGCCUAAUGAUGGAAAUGUUCAAAGAAAAAUUUGGGUUGAAGUCGUUUCGGCCGAAUCAACUUCAAGUUAUCAACGCUACAUUGCUAGGCCACGAUUGCUUCGUGCUUAUGCCUACUGGAGGAGGUAAAUCUCUAUGCUACCAGCUACCUGCGAUAUUAACACCAGGUGUCACAAUAGUUAUAUCCCCAUUAAAAUCGCUCAUAUUGGAUCAAGUCAACAAACUAUUGUCCUUAGACAUACCAGCUGCUCAUCUAUCCGGCGAUAUAUCUCUAGCUACUGUUGAGGAGGUGUAUCACAAAUUGUCUCUUCGUGAGCCCGCUAUCAAGCUUUUGUAUGUGACACCAGAGAAAGUGAGCGGCUCACCGACUGUAAUUAUCCUUAGAAGAAUGCUGGACACAUGCUCUACUCUGGUAAGGAAUUCAAAUUCAAAUUUGUAUACCAAUUUGUGCUUCAGACCAUUUGUGAUAGACGAGGCGCAUUGCGUGUCCCAAUGGGGUCACGAUUUUCGCCCAGAUUACAAACGAUUGUUUAUGUUACGAGAACGGUUUCCGGAGACUACCCUCAUGGCGUUAACAGCUACGGCCACGCCCCGCGUACGGAUGGACAUAUUGCAUCAACUUAAGGUCACGAAUUGCAAAUGGUUUUUGAGCAGCUUCAAUCGUCCGAACCUCGCGUAUAGAAUAUUGGAGAAGAAGCCAAAGAAUAUCAACCAAGAUGUCGCUAAAAUCAUCAAGGAGAAGUUCUUCAGAGCGUCUGGAAUAGUGUACUGCCUCUCGCGCAAGGAGUGUGAGAAUCUGUCAGGGGAUUUGCGCAAAGUGGGCAUUCAGGCCGCGGCCUAUCACGCCGGACUCAGCGAUAAGAAGAGGGAGGCGGUCCAGGCUGGAUGGGUCGCUGAUAAGUUUACUGUGAUCUGCGCCACAAUAGCCUUCGGCAUGGGCGUGGACAAGUCGGACGUCCGCUACGUGAUCCACCAUAGUAUGCCGAAGUCCGUGGAAGGGUACUACCAAGAGGCGGGGAGGGCGGGCCGAGACGGCGAACCAGCCACUUGUCUGCUGUACUACUGCUACGGGGACGUCGUUAGGUAUCGCCGCUUGCUGGACCUGGAAAGAAACGCGACACCUGAAGCGAAACGUGUCCACAUAGAAAAUCUCCUCCGAAUGGUGGAAGUGUGCGAAAGCGUCUCCGAAUGUCGAAGGGCCCAAGUGCUGACUUAUCUCGGAGAGAAGUUCUCCCGUGAGUUGUGUAAGAGAGACAAGAAGACCGCGUGCGAUAACUGCCUUAAUGACCACAACUAUAAGCCGGUGGACGUGACCGAAGAGUGCAAGGUGAUAGCGCGGGCCAUCCGCGACGCGGGUCGUUCCAGCUUCACCCUUCUGCACAUCGCCGACGCCUUACGAGGCUCUAUGCAACAGCGGAUAUCCGGUUUGAGGGAGAGUCCUUUACAUGCAAGAUGCAAGAGCUGGCCUCGUGGUGAUGCACAGCGUCUCCUGCGUCAAAUGGUGGUCCGAGGGCUGCUGGCCGAGAAGCUGGUCGUGAAUAAGGACAUCGCCAGCGCAUAUGUGACGUUGGGGCCUAAUAUACAAAAGUACGCAAAUUUAUUUCACACGAAAACAUACAAGAACUGCUUUUAUUGGGGCUUCUUCACACCUCUGAUCAGGAACUUCAAACCGAACUAA